AGCCUAUCACACAACACAGCUGGCAAUUGAGGAAAAGGCCUCAAUUCAGCAAGCGCUGACACGCUUAGGAAUUUAUUUCGGAACAUUUAAAAGACACUUCUACUUACUACCAUCUGAGAUCCACUGCAGGAAUUACCAAAAAAGAAAAUCUCACUUAAAAGGAACAAGAAGUGAAUGAGAAUAAAUUGGGAAUGUUUAAGUCUCUGAAACUUUGCACUGGAAAACAAAGUAAGAUUGGUAACUUCAAUGUAAACAAUCCGGAGCUUAAAGAAACUUUAAUUUUGGAAUAUUUGCCUAGACGACUGAAAUACAAGCUUACAAAACUACUCAUUUUAUUGCCGUCUCUGAACGCAGUUUUUCUUUGAUCCAAUGGAUUGGUUUUACUGACUGCAUUUCAAAAUAGUUUUUCAUCGGUUAACCAAGCUCUGGAUUCACGGAUUUUCUGGAGACUAGAAGAUAAGAAUGUUUUCCCAUUAAAGGACCCAGUGGAAACUUUACGGCCACAAACUUCAUGCUUCUUUCAGAGAUUUCAGAGAAAAAGGAAAUACUUAUAAAGCCACCCCAAGAGCUAAAGAAUUUGUAAGUGAACUGGAGGUUAUAAAGUGGUCACAAUCUGAAUGCCACAGGAGACUGCAGCUGACAAAGGGACUUCACCAUUGUAAACUGGAAGUGCCUUUAUAAUGGUAAGCAUUAACAGCUCACACUGCUCCUAUGAUGACUCCUUUAAGUACACUUUGUAUGGGUGCAUGUUUAGUAUGGUGUUUGUUCUGGGAUUAAUAUCCAAUUGUGUUGCAAUAUACAUUUUCAUCUGCACGCUCAAAGUUCGAAAUGAAACUACAACUUACAUGAUUAACUUGGCCAUGUCAGACUUGCUUUUUGUUUUCACCUUACCGUUCAGGAUUUUUUACUUUGCAACACGGAAUUGGCCAUUUGGAGAUUUACUUUGUAAGAUUUCAGUGAUGCUGUUUUAUACCAAUAUGUACGGAAGCAUUCUGUUCUUAACCUGUAUUAGCGUAGAUCGAUUUCUGGCAAUCCUUUAUCCCUUUAAGUCAAAGACUCUAAGAACCAAACGAAAUGCAAAGAUCGUUUGCAUUGCUGUGUGGUUAACUGUGCUUGGAGGAAGUGCUCCAGCAGUUUUUUUUCAGUCUACCCACUCUCAGGGUAACAAUACCUCAGAAGCCUGCUUUGAAAAUUUUCCAGAAGCCACAUGGAAAACAUAUCUCUCAAGGAUUGUAAUUUUUAUCGAAAUAGUGGGGUUUUUUAUUCCUCUGAUAUUAAAUGUAACUUGUUCUAGUAUGGUGCUAAGAACUUUAAAUAAACCUGUUACAUUAAGUAGAAGCAAAAUAAACAAAACUAAAGUUUUAAAAAUGAUUUUUGUACAUCUGGUCAUAUUCUGUUUCUGUUUUGUGCCUUACAAUAUCAACCUUAUUUUAUAUUCACUUAUGAGAACACAAACAUUUGUUAAUUGCUCAGUAGUGGCAGCAGUAAGGACAAUGUACCCAAUCACUCUCUGCAUUGCUGUUACAAACUGUUGUUUUGACCCUAUAAUUUACUACUUUACAUCGGACACAAUUCAGAAUUCAAUAAAAAUGAAAAACUGGUCUGUUAGGAGAGGCGAUUCCAGAUUCUCUGAAGCUCAUGGCACAGAGAACUUUAUUCAACACAAUCUACAGGCCUUAAAAAGCAAGAUAUUUGAUAAUGACUCUACAGUAUAAGCUGCUUGAAAUAAAACUACUGGGACUUCAUUGAAACAGAACCUACAAGCUCCUUCAACUGUGAAAAGUGUUUCUUUGGACUAUUUUUCCACCUUCAAAAGAAGAUUAAAAACAUGGACACGUUAAAAGUUUUUAGUAUAAAGAAAAAUUGUAUUCAAUGUGUUAAGUGUUAAAAUGUAUUCCAUUCUUGUAUACACUCUAUUUUAUUUUUCUGAGCCAUUUUGAUUUGUACCUUCCUCUUCAUUAAAAACAUCCCUAAGUU